AAAUAUAAACAACAAUUUGCAAUCAACAAAAUACUAGGAAUAAAUAUAUUGUUUUGAGUCGACGUAGAAUGUAGAUAUCAGUUAGAUUUGUGUAAUGAACACAUUAUAAAUAUUGUUUUAGUUUUCUUUCAUAAUGACGUUUUCUACUACUUCGAUGUUGUGAAUUAUGUAUAAAUUUUGCAAUAUGUGUACCUUCUUGCCCUUAAGGAUUGCCUUAAAAGAUUCUUUAAUUUUAAUCCUUUUAGUUAUAUUCAAUACAAUCCAUGUAACAGACUUGGCAAAUAAUGACAUGGAUAUUCAAAGUAAACAUAGCAAAACAAAAGAAGAUGCAAAUAAUAAACUAGUAAAUUUUAACAGUAAUGAUGAAUAUUUGAAAAACUGCCCACUGGAUCAAGAUAAUGCACCCGAGUGCUUGUCUCUCAACUACCCAUGUAUUAAUUGUAACAGAGAUAUUGAUUGUGUCUAUGGAAGUGUAUACAAUUACACUUGUGUCGUCAAAUCGAAGAUCAUAUGUAAUGGUUCCAAAACUUUCAAUAGAACAGCAAUGUGUCGCUUCUGCUAUCAAACUGAGAAAUGGGAACAUCGCUGUGAACAAAAAGCUAACUGUAAUUCAUUGGCUUCACCAACAAGGUUCUACUUGACUAAUUGCACUGUUUCGGAUGAUGUGUUGUGCUUAGGAAAACGAAGGUUUUUGAAGAAAGUUCGAUGUUCCUGGACAUCGGGGACUAGAUGGGGCACUGCUCUCAUCCUUGCACUAACUCUUGGUGGAUUUGGUGCAGAUAGAUUUUAUCUUGGACACUGGCAAGAAGGUAUUGGAAAACUCUUUAGUUUUGGAGGACUAGGAGUUUGGACUCUAGUAGAUGCACUCCUUAUUGGCAUUCACCAUCUUGGUCCAGCUGAUGGAUCUGUUUAUAUUUAAUUUAGUAGGCUUAAUUAUUAACUGUUUAAUGAUGUUGUAAUAAAAUAUUAUAUUUUUUGUU